GAACUGAAAGAAAAUUCCUGUACUCCCCCCUCCACCCAAGUAGACAGUCUUCUUACGGAGUCUCACUACUGAAGAUGGGAUUGACUAGCCGUCCAAACCUUCCCUUUAAAUACUCCCCAACCUUUCAAUCUCUUGGCCCUUCCAUACCUCUCCCUUUCUUAGCUUCACUAGUAAACAACCCAGUAAGAGCUCUGCCUCUACUAUUCUCCUACUAUCUUCCUGCAAGAAAAUAUGAAUUCACCACCUCUUGGUUUCCUUCGAUCAAACAACACUAUACUGCUAAGAUGUCUCCUGGUCCUGUUGUUGAGCUGUAUCACUGCCAGAACCAACGUUUCCUCCAACCUUCAUCCAACCAUUCCAACUGUCUUAGGCUCGGAUUCCUCCAACAUCCUUUCCUCACUCAAAGCACUGACUCUUGAUGGGUAUUUCAGCUUUGAUGACCUUCACCAUGCAGCCAGAGACUUUGGCAACCAAUACAAUUUCCUGCCAUCAGCAAUUCUACGUCCAAAGUCUGUUUCAGAUAUUGCCACAACUAUAAAGCAUGUCUUGCAACUGGGUCCCAGCUCAAAGCUUACAGUUGCAGCCAGAGGCCAUGGCCAUUCAACCCAAGGCCAGGCUCAAGCCCACAAAGGUAUAGUCAUCAACAUGGAGUCGCUUCAGAGACGAAAAAUGAAGGUUCACGCUGGAAAGCUCCCGUUUGUAGAUGUUUCUGGCGGAGAACUGUGGAUAGAUAUUCUGCAUGAGACCCUUAGACAUGGGCUUGCACCGAAAUCUUGGACAGACUACCUCCAUCUCACCGUCGGCGGCACCUUGUCCAAUGCUGGGAUAAGUGGGCAGGCGUUCCGGCAUGGGCCCCAGAUCAGUAAUGUCUACCAGCUGGAGGUCGUUACAGGAAAAGGAGAAGUGGUAAGCUGUUCUGAGAAUCAAAAUGAAGACCUCUUUUACGGUGUUCUGGGGGGACUAGGCCAGUUCGGGAUCAUCACCCGAGCUACAAUUGCCCUUGAACCUGCACCUAAAAUGGUUAAAUGGAUUAGAGUUCUCUACUCCGACUUCUCUAUAUUUGUCAAGGACCAGGAGUAUCUAAUUUCCGCUGAGAAUACAUUCGACUAUAUUGAAGGUUUCGUAAUAAUAAACAGAACGGGUCUCCUAAAUAACUGGAGAUCCUCCUUUAAUCCCCAAGACCCACUUCAAGCCAGCCGAUUCAACUCCGAUGGGAGAACUCUGUUCUGCCUGGAAAUGACCAAAAACUUCAACCCAGAUGAGACUGAUGCCAUGAACCAGGAAGUUGAGAGCCUGUUGUCUCAGCUGAAUUACAUUCCGUCAACACUUUUCGUGUCAGAAGUCUCAUACCUUGAGUUCCUAGACAGAGUGCAUGUGUCAGAGCUAAAACUGCAAUCAAAAGGGCUGUGGGAAAUUCCACACCCAUGGCUCAAUCUUCUCAUCCCCAGAAGCAAAAUCCAGGAAUUCGCUGCUGAGGUCUUUGGCAACAUUCUUACAGACACAAGCAAUGGUCCCGUCCUCGUCUAUCCGCUCAACAGAUCCAAGUGGAACAACAGAACAUCUACAGUCAUUCCAAACGAAGAUAUUUUCUACCUAGUAGCGUUUCUUUCCUCUGCAGCACCUUCUUCUACAAGGAUGGAGGGCUUAGAGCACAUUUUAUUUCAGCACAAGAGAAUUCUAGAUUUCUGUGAAGCAACCCAAAAUGGGAUGAAGCAGUAUCUGCCCCAUUACACCAUUCAGGAAGAGUGGCGAGCCCACUUUGGCCCUCGUUGGGAAGUCUUUGCACAGAGGAAAUCUGCUUACGACCCUUUAGCAAUUCUUGCUCCCGGCCAGAAAAUAUUCAAAAAGGCUACCAACUUCUCGUAACACAGGCCUACGACACUUGAAUAGGUAGAUCCAAGUGUAAAUUUAAUAAAUCAAAUUCAU